GGGCGUCCUACUGCUGCAGCUGCUGCCUGUUGCAUGGAAACACCUGUUCCUGGCCUUUGGACUUGCGUUUCCUGCGUUUCGCGUCACUCGAACGCGGCCGCUGGGCGUCGCAGGGUGGUAUAUGCACGGCUGCGCAACUUUGCCACUUAAUCUACGCGUGCAAGUAGACGGACGCUACCAAAAAUGUGUGAUCGGUUUGGUUUAGUGUUGCAACUGGUAUCUCAGGCUCUUGGCCAGGACGAUCGAAAUGAGUAUGAGAAAGCCUAUGUAAACUAUUUAAAAAGCUUGGAUGCCAUUGCUGCCAGCUUGCUGAAGGAUUACGAGUCUCAUGGCAUCCCAGAGACUCCUGUACCUGUGAACAAUGCCAAAAAAGUAAUUUCUGUUGCAAGGCAAUGCCUAGACAGAGUGGAAAAGAUAAUAGGAACAUCACUUAACCAGUUCUAUGCUGAACAAGAAAGAGGCAAUGAAACCUAUUUGUGUCCAUCGCCCACUGUUGAGUUGGACACCCCAUGCACGCCCGAGGUACUAGGUGGGGAGGGUCUGCCAUCUGUGGCAUUUUUGGCUCCUCGGAUUCUGUCACGACAGUCACAUCAGCAGCCACACACGGAUGCCUCUUCUGAUGCUGCACUGCUCUCCAACCCCAUGUUUACUGUGAGAACAUGUGGUAUACUCGCAAAGACCCAAGCAACAAGGAGAGCGCUGUCACCUAUGGAACAAAUGGAACAAGAGAACACUGCUGUGUGUCAGCGUUACCAUGCACUUAUCCAAAGGACUGUGGACCCCAUGGCUAAACAGAAUCUGCGCCUUGAACUUCAGCGCCGACUAAUGGAUAACCUGAUGGCUGGCAGGAAGAAACAGGCAGAGUACCUGAGAGACCUCCAAAAGCAAGAAAAGAAAAUUGCUGAAAUGGCUGCAAGAAAAUUGCAGGGUUCUGGGGAGUGCAUAACACCAGAAGAGAAGCGACAACAGGAGCUUUUUGCCAGAAUUCUGCAGUACGAAAACAACCGUGAGUGGCCUCCAGCUCUUCAAGACAUGCUGAAAUCGCAUUCAAAGAAUUCAAAAGUCGCAAGGCAUAUUGUGAUGCACAUUCUUGGGGACUCCAAACAUCCACUAAGCCAGUGGCUGGCUAAGGAGCGUGUUGCGUUGCAGCGAGAAAUUGUGAUGGCCCUGGAUAGCAGGGGUCAUCUGGUGGCAGCUCCUAAGGAACCCUCAAGUGGCGGCAUUCAACGAUCCAUAGCCUGUGCCCAUGUGGAAAGUGUUCUUCGAACUGCACUACUACUGCUAGGCUUGACACUUGAGCCACUGAAAGACCCUGCUGCUCAAGAAGUAUGCUACAGUGUGCUAGAGGACCACUUCACCUGGCCACUGUGGCCACACCUUCUGGCCACUGUCAGGUUAGAGAACCUUUCAGGGGAGCAGCGUGUGGCAACCACCAUGAGCCAGCUGGCCUCGGCGUCAGCGGAGGAGAUGCACGUCUCACCUUGCCUGCAUGAGAGUCCCGCCCUAAGUGAGGCAGUGGGCAUGCUGCGCACUGUGCCUCGGCUUGGCCCUACUCACAAACUACGUGUACUGGUUCAUGUCACUCGGCUGGUUUGUACAGAACAUCUUGCAAGCGAAGAUGAACACCAUAGGAAGCUAAUGGGAGCCGAUGACCUCAUUCCUGCAUUAAGUUACAUCUUGGUGCAGUCAAAGGUACCACAGCUGUAUUCCGAAUACCUUGCCCUUGAGCAAAUACUAGAUUCUAGGUACAUGCUUGGAGAAGAAGGGUAUUGCUUAGCAUCAGUCCUGAUGGCCUUCAAGUACCUGGAAUCACUGCCAUGAGCCUGACAACCAAGCUUUUAUUUUAACUUCUGUGAAGCUAGUCUUUUUAACAAAUGACCGCACUUGCAGAUCUUUGUUUAAAGCGAACAUUGCUUAACUGCACGAAAAAAAAAAAAACGGACCACAGAGACAGCAUGGAACAAGGACGGGCACAGUCCCUGAUCCAUGCCGUCUCUGUGGUCCAGUUUUUCGCGCAGUUAAUCUUCACUAAUAUGUACCAACACGCUCAACAAGUUCUUCUAAUCUUAUUUAAAGGCUGAAAACUCAAUAGUUAAAGGUGACACAUCCUAUUUCGUGGAACCUUUCAAACAGUAUGUGAACUUAAGUUUCACUACCAUGCCCAAUUUAUGAACUGGCAAAGUGCUUGUUGAGCCAUGUACGCCCCAGGAAGCACCUAAGCAUUUUUUUUUUUUUUUCAUACUUGACAUCAAGCAUUAUGACUGCUUGAUGAAAGUCCCUAAUAGGCUUGACACACUGCUGGCAAAAGCAAACAGCUCAAUAAUGCUACAGAGUGUUUAGUGUUGGCCACUUGUUCAAAAUAGUUGACUACAUGCUUAAACAGCACUGCCAGUCUGAAAACAGUCAUGUACGUUACUGUUCUCCGCCAGUGGCAUGAUACUGGUAUGUUGCUCAAAUGCACACAAAAUGCGCACAGAAACGGCCAUAUUUGAACUGUUGAUUCUGUAUAGUCAAUAAAGACGUAUUUAAUGAA